GACCGUGCCCUGACCCCUCGCAGUGCCUGUUUUCCUGUGUGACAGCAGCUUGAGCCGUUUGGCUGAGGAGGAAAUUGAGAUGGAGCCAGAUUCCGACGAGGAUCUGGAGGAACAGGUUGACUACUUUUUCAGUCAGGCGGACGAGGAUGGGAUGGUCGGGAAGGAGGAGACUCGGACGUACUUCCUGCGCUACUUGCCCGGGUUGGGGGACGGAGCGGGGGUGGUGGGCAAGGUCGGCGAGUUGCCGGAGAUUGUGGAGUUGUCGGAUUUCGGCAAGGCGAGGGGCACGGUGCUGGGCAAGAGCCAGACGUACAAUCUCAGUUACUGUGAGGAGAUAGACCCUGCUCACUUGUCAUCCUCACCAGAAGAUGCCAGUCACAUCUACGACUCAGAGCUGCUGGAGGAGGACGAGACACUUGAUGAUGGAAAUGCGAACCCUGGGCCUGAGAGAGACAGGGAGCUGGACAUGACCGAGGACGAGGGGGGGGUGGGGGACCUGCUGCUGGAUUCUGACGAGGGCACCAGCCGAGAGCUGGACCCUGAGGAAGAAGAAGAAUACUCUGAUCUGCCGUGCGAUGAAGAUGAGGAGAUGGAAGAGCUGAGCCAAGGCGGCUUCCAGCAGCCAGCCCAAGACUAUAGCAAGAAGCCGGGCACGAUGGAUCACGGGGACCAGUUUUCAGACUAUUCGAAUGGAAGUUUGAGUCACUCAACGACUCUGGGCAAUAACUCGCCUCUACCACCCAUGGACUGUGGACCUCGGCAACCGAUGGGUACUAACAGUCCGGAGCACUGCGGAGACAGCCCCUCACUGCUGCCAGGCCACGUGACCGGGCGUAAGAAGAUGGCGAGGAAAGAGCCACGAGGCAGUGUCUCGUUUGACGGCUCAGUGCCGUAUCUCAACUCCUCGCUGCUGAGCCACUUGUCCGUGGAGGACCUGGGCACUGGGCUGAACAUCGAAGCUGAAACCAUCCCAGACUCGUCCUGCGCUGACAGCAUCGACGAGUCAACCCACAGGAUGGCCAGCAUGGUGGAGAAGCUGCAGUCUGGGUCUGCCCAAGCUGGUCCUAGCUGUGAGGGCAGAGUGGGAUCUGAUGGAACAUCCAAGCCAGUCCCUCGAUACCUCGACUCCCAGGCCUUCAGCCGGACACUGGUUCUGAAGAACGGGUCCAGGGAACGAGCCUUGGCCAGAGGCAACUCGACAUCUCCAAACCUCCAGAAGAAAGAUGCUCGGGGGACGUCCAGAGAGGAUUCUCCCAAACCAUCCUCCGUCAGGGAGACCGUGGACACCCCAGUGUACGGCCGCGGGAAGAUCAACCACCCGCUGCCCGAUUUCUCUAAAGUGGAACCGAGGGUCAAGUUCCCAAAGGACAGCCAAGGUUACCAGAAACCCAAGAGCAAGGCCUUCCUGGUGAGGAGCAAAGUCAUUGGCAGCAAAACCGAGGUUUACCUGCAGUCUCCCGCGGACAUUGUCCGCCAGGUCUUGCAAAGCAGUAACGAGUGCGAACCGGUCACACCAACCCCCGUGGGGGCAAAAGUCCUGGAGGAGUUCAAGUCACCCCAUCAGGCAUCCGAGAUGGUCUAUCAGCUACAGGAGGAUUAUCGCAGGCUUUUGACCAAAUAUGCCGAGGCCGAAAAUACUAUUGAUCGUUUGCGGAUCGGGGCUAAGGUCAGCCUGUUCGCGGCGGCUCCCGAUCCCGGCCAGAGCAUUCCGAUGGCUUCCCACAACCCGUGUCUGAAGUUCACGACCAUCGCCAUCCCCCGGGCGCAGAGAGCAGAGAUCAGCCUGGCCCCAAGCCCCGGGGGACACACAGAGAUGGACUCCGCAGCUUCUAACUCAGGAAUAAAGAACCAAGAGGUGAGCGAAUGCUUCAUGGAGCCAGUCAAUGGUUUGUCCUCUGGCCGAAAUAUGUGUGGACCGGAGGCUACGACAGGGGAAUGUCUGACCUGGGCACUCGCCGAGGGAGCAGACAGCUUACAGAGAAAGAUGGAUGAGUUUGAAGGCCUGAUGGACGAAGGGAAGGUGCUGCCAGAGGCACAGUUGAGGGCAUUUCAGCAGCUGAAGGACAUUCAGGACACUCUAGAGCGAGGGUACCUCCAGGCUCGUGAGGAACAUCGAGGCCUGCAGCUAAGAGGUCCCGGGAGCGACCAAAUGGCUGGGGACUUUGAUCUAAACAGGGAAGUGGAGGGGAGCAUUUUCCGACUGGGAAUGAACCUGGAGGAUCUGAAGGAACGGGUGGACACAGCCUUGCAGAUCCACAGCUGCCCACUGCCCCAGCCAGGACUCCCGCACGCCCCCAGCCUGUGCCAUCCAGGGCCCACGCCAGCCUUCAGGACCUCCACGGCCUUCCCCAAGACACAGCCCCGCACCUCACUCUGCCAGUUACCCACAGCCACUGUCCCGCCUCCCAGCCCCGAGGGCCCGUUCCUGAGCACUGCCCGCCUGGGCCACCCGCGGGUGAACACGGAGGUGAGCUCUGUGAGCGGAGACAGCGAGUACGGGUGUCCUGACCCCGAGACCCUCCAGCACCGGCACGUGGACCCCCAGAGCGGAGCCGGGCACUUUAUGGACCAACACCGUAACACAGCAUCUGAGCCACCAAGUGUCGGGUGGGUGAGGGGAGGCAUGGAGUCUCCCCGAGCCCCCCUGGCCCCUCAAGCCCAGAGAAUGGAGAAGGCGGAACUGAACUGCGUGGAUAGAAAGGUUCCAAGGCAGGAGCAGGAGCAGGAGGAGCACAUCAGGAAUAUUCCAGUCCCGAGACAAGCGGUGAAAAUGCACAUCACAUUCCCCAGCUGCCUGACGGGGAAUCAGCAGCCAGUGCUGGAGAGAGAGGAGCAUCCAGCGGCCUGUGGGGCCUGGGCACGGGCUCUGUCCCCCAUUCCCAGGAGAAGCUGCCAGAGAGAGAGCGCGAGGGAAAGAGAGCUUCCCCACCAGCCAUCCUUACGCAGCAGCACCGCCAGCCUCGGUGAGAGAGACCUCUCCCCCGAUCCAGGACUCUGCCGAUCUCUCUACCGCACCAAGUCGGUACAACUGGAGGACCGGAUCAUUUCCCCGGAGACGGACAGCGGGUUUGUGGGCUCCGAGAGCAGCAGGCUGACCGCAGCAGCCGAGACCCCCGAACAUCAGUGCCUCCUGAACAGGCCCCAGAGUGUACGGGACCCCCCUGGUCGGCCCCCCGCCUGUGCUGAUGGAGCUCCGCGGAAACCCUUGCAGGCUCAGGACCCUCACCAGGAACACGGCUCCGCCAAGAAGCUGAGGCACAGCCUCCUGUCCAGGAAGGACAGUCUGGCACAGCCUGACUUGUCAGGGACCAGCUCCCCAGGCCAGUGGGCGGGCAGUGUCCUGAGCGAGUUUGAGCAGGAGACUUACGUCACUCAGAGCGAGUCGGAGGCCGAUGGGCAAAGUUGUUCUCCCACGUCAAGGACCCCUCAGCCCGCGUUCCUCUCGUCGAGCUUCCACCCCAAGCUCUGCUCCACUACUCUGACCGUGCGCUCAGCCCGAGAUGAGGCCAUUCAGGCUCUGCAGAACGAGGUGUCUCAGCUCAAGCAACGUUUGGAGGCGUGUCUGCAAAGGCCACAGGCAGAUUCCGAACAGGAACCGUGCACCAGCCCCCCGCUCCGCGCCUGGCCCCCCGACUGCCAGACCCCCAACAGCAAGCCGAUCCCGAGAGCUUCCGACAGGCACCGGAAACAGAGGCAGGAGAACGGACAUGAGGGAUGUUACUAUCGCACCUCGUCCUGUGGUCACCCUCGCUCCAGGCGGGAUCCACAGCACAAAGCACAACUGGAUAUAAGUAGCGAGGCAGAGCCAUCUCUGUCCAAACCACAGCCAUUCGCCUCCAAACACCUUCACCCCAGCGGCCCCCUCGCCUCCGCAUACACGCGACCCCCGCCUUGUGAAGGUCGAAAACUCGAGACAGUUAGAGUCAAAGGACCGUACACAGGCACUGACUACACCUUAUUUGUACCUUGGGCCUCGGGACAAGUGGACGUGGUUGAUGUGGGAGUCUGUCCUCACUGUGGCUCACAGCCUCCUGGGAACGGCCCAUUGAAGAGCAGCUCCAUCUCCACGUCACGGGGCAGACAGCCCCAGCCUUGCCCCCUGUGUACAGGGUCUGGUACCCAGCUCAGGACAGGAGAGGAGCCUCAGCCUGCUGCUAAAGUGGAGCCGGGAGACACGUGCGGGCGGAGCCGCGGAGCCAGGAAGCAGCGCAGCGUGCGUGUGAGCGAGGCUCCUCCUGUGUACAGCUGCCUGCCCCCCCCACACUACGUGCCUUACUCUUUACCAGCUUUUUACAUUGCUGCACCAGCCUCCCAGUACACCUCUCCCACCCGCUCGCACCUGUACUACCCAUCGGGCUUUAAGGUGGUGGAGGCAACGCCACUGUCUGCUCGCACAGCGUCACCAAACCGACAUCGGCACAACCACCACGAGGCAGUCAAGCUCUCUGACAGGAGUCACUCCUCCCUGGACCAGGCCAUCGAGGCAGCGAGAGACAUGAAGUGGACGUCAAAGAGAAUGGUGAGAGCGUUGGCCUCAGACCUGGGGAAGGCAAGAGCUGUCCAGUCAUCCUUCUACCUGUGAGUGAGCGAGAGAGCAGAUCAUUCCUUACCUGCAUCAAUGAGCAGAACAAAGUACUGUACACAUCACAGCCUCUCCACAACUGCACAUCACGGACCUUGUAGAUUAUUAAUCUGCUCGAUCAUGUGAGUUGUGUGAGACCGACCGACAGACAGACCGACCACUGUGUGACUAUUUUUUUGGGGGGGAGGGGUUGGGGUGAUCUGCUUAAAAAAAAAAUUUUUUUAACUAAAAUAGAAUUUGAGCGAUGGUCAUAUGUAGCACGGGUCAGAAAUGUUUUAUUCUGUGAAUUUUUGUAACCAGAUAUAUUUUUGUACAAAAGAAAUGGUUUUAGUGGGUGACGAGAUGCCAAAACCUCAACAGCUAAAUGGGCAUUAAUCACCAACACACUGCAAUGCUGCUCAACAGGUUCAGCUCUUAGCUUUCAGCCAGUGACGCUGUUGGUGUCUCAAUGUUUUAAGUCAGAAGGUUGUGGGUUUAAGCCCCACACAGGGAUUUGGGAGGUCACAUAAUCCAGGCUGAUGCUCCACCACAGUGUUGGGGGUGGGGAGGGGGGGGGGG